AUGAGGGUGUUUGAAGGAAGCAGAAGGAAACAAGCUCAGGCAAACAUCGACCUGUUGUUCGUGGGAGAUGUCACUGUGGGCUGCCUGGCAGAUAGUGUGCAGCAGUUCUUUUCAAACGCAGCAGAAGUCACCAUCACCAUCAGUGACAUGAGGAAGGCAGCCGUGCUCCUGGAUGAGUGCACCUUCAACAUGGUUUUCCUGAAGAUGACUCCUUUCCUCACUGCUGAGGAGCUGGAAGCUCUCAAGUUAAUUAGAUUUGGCAAGAAGAGGAAUGCACAUGUGCUCUUUAUUUUUAUAGUCCCCGAAAAUUGUAAAGGUUGUAUUUCAGGGCACGGAGCUGAUAUUACUUUAACUGAACCACUAACAAUGGAAAAAAUGAAUAUUGUGGUAAAAUACUGGAAAACAUAUUUCUCCAAUACAGGUGAGACUGAAAGUGCUAAGAGGCCUGAAGAAUCUGGAUUGCCUCUGAAGAGAUCCUGCAGUGAACACCUGGGAUAUUUUUCUACAGAUCUGUUCACCUGCUCUGAACCUCUAAGAAUUGAUACUGAACUUGAAUUAAAGACUCCGUUGUCAGAUUUUGAGAAAAACAAAAAGAUUUCUUUUCUUCAUUCAAGCAAAGAAAAGCUGCGAAGAGAACGAAUCAAGUAUUGCUGUGAGCAGCUGCGCACUCUCUUGCCGUAUAUAAAAGGGAGAAAGAAUGAUGCGGCUUCAAUUCUGGAGGCGACAGUUGAUUACGUGAAGUAUGUCCGGGAGAAGAUCCCUCCAGCCAUUUUGGGCCAGAUAACAGAAGCACUUCAGACCAAUAAGAGGUUUUCUAAGAAGCAACAAGUGACCACUCAGCUCUCCUUCCCAGGCACAGCCAUGGCACAGAGGGACAGCAGUGUAUUGGCAAGCAAUUGCUCACCUAUGAGAGGCAUCAAAUUCCUGGCAAAUAAGUGCCUGAAUGUGUAUCCUGUUCCUGCUGCAGGGAGCUCCUUGGAUGAAGCUGUGAGAGGUCAGUCUAGCUCCACUUCAGAGAAUGCUGUUGGUGAUCUUCGUAAAGCAGCGCUCUCUCUCAAUUCCUUCCAUGCUGUCAGUUACUAUUCUAAAGUCAUCCCUUCCUAUGAUGCAGCUGCCGUAACGAAUCAGAACAUUUCAAUUCAUUUGCCACCGGCCAUCCCCAAAGUCUCAGCAUUUAUUCCUCAGCACUGCAAUUCCAUGUUGGACCAAACGUGCACAACCCAUCCCAACUGUCUGGAUCCUGAACGACGAGCAUCUGUUGAUUCCUCCUGCCUCCCUUCCUUUGUGCUCUCCACCCAGCAGACUCUUGUUGCCGUCUCCUAUUUGGACCCAGCCUCCUUCCUGUCUGAUUCCAGACACUUCCGGAAUUUAGAUAUCCACGCUGAAGCUUUUCAGACCCUGCUCCUCUCCCGUCCCCCCAACCCCGCCCCGCUGCCGUGGGUCUCAUUCCUCUUGACUCUCAAGGAUACUGCCCCAGCAGUUGUCACCUCUGCCUCUUGA